UGCCACGUAGCACAUCUCGCAACCUCAGCUCCCUACUCCACACGCACCCUCCUGUCCUGUUCCCGCCUGCUCGGCCGGCUCCGACUCCCAUGGGAUGAGAGCUUGCUCCUCGCCAUGGCCGCCUCGCUCCUAACCCCCGCCACCCUCGCCAACAAGUACUCCACCCUCCUCCACCCGUUCGGCGCCAAGUCCCAUGCCCAGAGGCUGAUCAUCAGGUGCGGCGCCACCGGCGGCGGAGCGGACGAUGGCUGGGCAGCCAUUCUGGACGAGCUCAAGAGCGCGCUGCAGGUGGACCCAUCCGACCCGGUGGCCAGCGACGUGGCCAGUGUCGGCGCGGGAGCCACCCCAGACGACCUUGUGACCGCGCUGCAGCUGGACCCCUCCACCGGCCUGGUGGUCGGUGACACGACCAAUGCCGCCGCCGGCGCGUCCAGCCCUCUGGUCAGCAGCGGGGGCACGGCCGUGAUCCCGGACGAGCUCCUGAGCGCGCUGCACCUGGACGCGUACAACCCGGCGGUGCGCGCUGCGGGCGGCGCGCUCUCCCGUCUGAACGAGCUCACGGCGGGGCUGUCGGACUCGCAGCGGUGGGCGCUGUUCGGCUUCUUGGCCGUGACGUGGCUCUACCUGACGGCGCGUCCGGGGGUGCUGAGCGGCGCCGUGGACGCGUACGUGCUGGCGCCGCUGCAGCUUGCGCUGGACAGCGCGCUUGGCCGGCGGAGCCUCAAGAUGAGUGACUUUGUGGUCGGCGAGCGCAUCGGGGAGGGAUCCUUUGGGGUGGUGUACGCCGGCGCAGUGGUGCCGCGGAACGGCGCCGUCGUGGAGGAGCGGUCCGGCAGGGCCAGGACGAGCCUCCAGCUCGACGACAGGUACAAGGAGAAGGUCAUACUCAAGAAGAUAAAGGUUGGGACGGUGGGGGCGAAGGAGUGCGGCGACUACGAGGAGUGGUUCAACUACCGCGUGGCGAGGGCAGCGCCGGAGUCGUGCGCCGAGUUCCUCGGGACCUUCGUCGCCGACAAGACCAAGUCGGAGUUCGUCAAGGGCGGCAAGUGGCUCGUCUGGAAGUUUGAGGGCGACCGGACGCUGGCCAACUACCUAAGUGACCGGGGCUUCCCGUCCAACCUGGAGCCGCUCAUGUUCGGGCGCGCACUGCGCGGGCUCGGCACGCUGGAGCGCGGCGCGCUGGUGGUAAAGCAGGUGAUGCGUCAGCUUGUCACGUCGCUGAAGCGCAUUCACGGCACGGGCAUCGUGCACCGCGACAUCAAGCCCUCCAACCUCGUCGUGACCCGGCGCGGGCAGGUGAAGCUCAUCGACUUCGGCGCGGCCACCGACCUCCGCAUCGGCAAGAACUACGUUCCAGACCGCACCCUCCUCGACCCGGACUACUGCCCGCCCGAGCUCUACGUCCUCCCCGAGGAGACACCGCAGCCACCGCCGGAGCCUAUCGCCGCUAUCCUCUCCCCCAUCCUCUGGCAGCUGAACAACCCGGACCUGUUCGACAUGUACUCGGCGGGGAUAGUGCUGAUGCAGAUGGCCAUACCGACGCUGAGGACGGCGUCGGGGCUCAAGAACUUCAACGCGGAGCUCAGGUCCGCCGGCUACGACCUCAACAAGUGGCGGCAGACCACGCGCCGGAGGCCUGACCUGCAGAUACUGGACCUCGACUCCGGGAGGGGCUGGGACCUCGCCACCAAGCUCAUCUCGCAGAGGGGCGCCAACGGCGGGGGCCGGCUCUCGGCCGCCGCCGCGCUGCGGCACCCGUAUUUUCUCCUGGGUGGCGAUCAGGCUGCGGCCGUCUUGUCCAAGCUCUCGCUCAGCAAGUAGGAUAUAUCCAUGGCUCAUGGCUGGGCACGCACAGAUUAUAUAUACAUUGGAUGACUGGAAUCCUGCAUAAAUCGGUGUACACAUUGUACAUUGCUGAUCAACAAUUGCAUUCGCAUUUUUGCUGA